GUUGAAUAUUUUGUAGAUGUGGAUGCUGAGCUUUCAAAAUGGACAAGUCGUCGCCACAAAAAGGCUCUAAGAGGCAAAGAUUUCAGCCUUUUGUUAUAAAGAAAGGCAUCGUGAUGAGGGCCAAACAGCGACAGAAGAUGGCGCUCGAGCUCUCCAAGUCGAGAAAUGACAGUACCACUUUUAAUGACCCGAAGCUUUCACAGUUGAAAUACAACAACCGAUCUUUGUCGAAAGCUCUUUCCGAACAGAAGAUGGAAAACAAAACCCUGCUGGACGAGAAGAUACAGCUGCAGCGGGACCUGUUUGCUAACCACGAGAUCAUCAUCGCGCUGCGCAGCGAGCUCCAGACCCACGAGGACGACCUGCUGCAGAUCCACGAGGUGUUCCGCAGCUCGUUACAGCUGCUGGUUACGCUCACCAGUCACCUGAACGUGGGUCUGCAGCGGUGCACGGCCGGCCGCCGGCGCAGCAAGUCGGUCAGCCUGGGCACCGCCAGUCAGCCGGCGCGGGCCAGCCGUGGACUCAGCCUCGGAGUCCAGUCGGGGAGCGACGGCGGCGUCGGCUCGCCCCGGCAGUCCGGCGGCGGUCGCAAGCUGCACAAGGUGCUGCCCACGGUGGCCGGUAACGUCAUCUCGCACCCGUCGAUCGUGCUGCCGCGGCUGCCGGCCGGCGGGUGGCUGGGCGCCGGCGCGCACCGCGGCGCCGCCGAGCCGCCGGAGGACGAGGAGCCGCCCGAUGAGGAGGAGGACGAGGACGAGGAGGACCCCGAGCCGCUGCCCGAGCCGGUGGAGCGGGGCGUGCCGGUGUCCACACCGCUGGCCGACCUCUCGGUGAUCCUGGAGCAGUCGGUGCUGGACGCCGAGCCGACCGCCAGCCCGGCCGGCCGCCGCUCCGGCCCCGGCCUGCCGCUCGCCCAGGUCGUGGUUCCAGCCGAGGAGCGGUUGUUUGGAGACGAGGCCUGGAUGCGACAGCGCACCCCCGGCCGGGAGCGCGUGGUCGUGGCCGCCGAGGAGCGGCUGAACGGUGACGAGGCGUGGCGCAGGCAGCGCUGCCGCGGCCCGGCCAGAGUCGCAGUCGCCGCCAACGAGAGACUCUCCGGCGAGGACUCGUGGCACCACAGUGACUCGCUGGAGUCGCCGGGGGCGGCUGCGCGGCGCUCGCAGUCCCGGCCGAGCCAGGGGCGGCCGGCGGACGGCCCGGCGGCCGCAGAGGUGGCCGCGGAGGGGACGGCCUCGCCGACAAUGCCGCCACCGACAGCAGUACCGACAGUGGCCCCGGCAGCGGCGGCGGCACCCGCGGCCGCGGGAGCGGGGACGUCGGCGGGCCGGCGCGCUCUGGUCUUCUCCGACUCGCCGCGGGAGACCACACUCUGCAACGGAGACGGUGAGAGCCACUUGUCGAUGACUGCCGUCACCAGCUCGGCCACCGCCGCUGUACCCGCCGGCGAUACAAGUGUCGCGGUGUCGGCGGCGGACCUGGAGGAGUCUGUGGUAAUCCAGCGGCGCACCCAGCGGCCACGCGCCGCCCCGCGGCCCAGCACCGCACCCGUACCUGUUCCUGAUGUCGCUGAUGAGACCAUGGUGGACGCGUCCGAGACGCCCGAGCCCGUCACGGCCACCACCUCUGCCGAUCCAGACGAGUCGCUCAUCAUCUCCCGGCGGCCGGCGUCUCCCGGCGCGGCCGAGCAGACCGUCUGCGCCUCUCCGGCCGCCGCCGACCCGGACCCCGACGAGUCCGUCAUCCUGUCCCGGAAGCCGGCGGCGGCGCGCCGGCCGGCCCACAGAGCCCCCUCUGCCGAGCCGGUGGCGGAGACGACCACCGUGUCGCGGCGGGCGGCGGUGGCGGCGGCGGCAGCCGUCUCGCCGCCCGCUGAGGAGGCCGACCAGUCGGUGGUGAUUAGUCGCAAGGUGCGCCGCCAGCCGCGCACCUCUGUGGCGCCCGCCGAGCCGGCGGAGGAGGACGGCGACCAGUCGGUGGUCAUCUCCAGGAAGGUGCGCCGGCCGCGCUCCGUGGCUGCCGCGGUGCAGGAGGCGGCGGAGGACGCGGGACAGAGUACCGCUGGUGUGAGGACAGAGACGGAGACGGAGACGGCUGCCGCGGAGGCCGCGCCCCAGACCCACACCGGCAAACAGCGCGGGAAGCGGAAGAGCAAGGCGGUGCGAGGGAAACGGAAGGCGGCGCAGGCUGUGGCUCCGGUGAUAGAGAUAUCUGACGCACCCAGCGACGCCGCCCCCACCACCGCCACCACUACCACUACCACCACCACUACGGACGCCACGACCACUACCGAUCCCACCACCGCUGACGCCUCUACCGCCACCACUACAGACGCCACCGCCGCCGCCGCCGCCGCCGCUGAUGUUCUCAACGCGUCCGUCAUUUCGCGAGAGGAGGCGACGCCCAGUCCGGAGCUGGGAGUCAAAGAGCGAUACCGACACAUGCUCGCCAAGCGGUCGCCGCGGGCGGCGGCCAACAGUCGCGUGGCGCCGGCGUGCGCCGACGAUCCGCUGGAGGGACCGAGCAACCGCGUCUGGUUGGCGGCGCCCUCGCCGGCGGGCCGGCGGCCACGUCCCCGACCGCGCUCCGCCCGGCCGGCCACGCCCGAGACGCCCAGCGGUCGAAAAGACAAGCAGAAGGAGAAGCCGGACUUCAAGCUGUCCUCGUCCCCGGUGGUGAUGAUGGACCGGUCGUCUGUCUCUGCCGCCGCGGACUCCUCCGAGCCCGAGUUUCGGCGGCCCGCCGCCCCCGCCCCCGCCCCCGCCCCCGCCGCCGAGGACACCAAACCGGGCCGGCGCCGGCGCACUCUGGAUGAUGCCGCCGCCGGCGAUGGCGUCAGCGUCACCAACGGCGCGGGCGAUGACGGCGGUGACGGUGGGCCGACGAUGACGCCCCCGGCCGCCAAGCGCGGUCGCGGCCGUCCCAAGGGUCAGGGGAGUCGCGCCGGUCGGGGUCGCGGUCGGGGCCGGGGUCGGGGUCGUGGGCGGCCCUCGAUGAAUGUCGAGCCGGCGCGGGACGCUGAGGGUACCGGCGCGGAGCUGUUUGUGUACCCGGAGCUGUCGCCCGCGCCGCCGGAGCCGAACGGCGAGACGGCCCUGCUGGCGUCUCCUCAGUCGCGCCGGACGCCAUCGCCGCGGCGGAGGGCAAACAGACAGGGGGACGCCGGCCCCACCGCUCCCGCUGACACCGCCGGCGGGCCGGCUGACGGCGUCGAGGCGCCCUCGUCGACAGCAGUGGUGCCGGAGACGGGCGGCGGACGGCCGGCGGGCGCCGAGCCUGACUCUGUCUGCGCCGAGUCGCCGACCAGGCCCGUGGAACUGGCGGAGCCCACCUCCACCACGGGCUCGCCGCCGGUCGCCGAGUCUUCCACAGUAGUCGGAGCGAGCUCCAGCCCGCCGCCGGCCCGCCCGGCCGCGACGCAGGCCUCCGACAGUGUGCCGCCGGCGUCUGUCGAGACCGGGCUGUCUGGGCAGUCCGAGCAGCCGCCUAACCAAUCCGAGCAGCCGCCCAGCCAGUCAGAGCAGCCGCCCGAACAGCCGCCCGCGCUGGCCGCGCAGCCGCCCGAGCAGCCGCCGGAGCCGCCAGCGGCCGACGCGCCGGCCGCGGUGCCCGACUCGCCCGAGACGCUGCCAUGGGCGGUGAUGCGGCCGCCGGCGCCCGACAGCCCGGUCCGCUCGACGCCGCAGAGCAGCCCUGGUUCAGAGGACCUGGCGGGGGAGCGAGCCGUCGGCAGGCGGCGACGGAAACCCGUCUCCUACGCAGAGCCCAGCCUCACCAAGAAACUGAGGAGAUAAGGGCGCCCAUCCGCGGCGUCCCGCCCUCCUCCCGGGAGCACUGCGCUCUCUGCUGCUGCUGGGGCGACUGUGGACUGAGUGACUCGGACGGGUGACUCCGACUCACCGGUCUGACCUACCCGCGCACAGCGUACCACGGCCUUUGUGAGGCCGAAUAAUACCGACCAAUCGUGUCCAAACACUCCUCUGAACUGUGAGAGCGAAGACCCAGACUGUUCAUCCCAGAUCGGGCAUUUGCGGGAAUGAAGUGAGAAUACACCCUCGCCGCUGUUUUCGCUUCCUGCGGAGAAAGCACCAGCUUUUCUGCUGCGGUGGAGAUUGUACCUUUGGUUCCACCAGUUCUGAGGUCCAUAAUGCUUUAUGUUUGUGAUGCCGAUGUUUUUGACUCGCCGUUCCGUGCCGGCAGGACGUAGCGAGUGCUCUGGUAGGUUUUAGUUGGUCGUUUGGGUGUGUUGUGCGCUGCACUCUGGUCGAAGGAUCAGCGGACGUGGCGGUAUCUUUAGUGCGCGACGUGGACUGUCGUUAGCCGCGCAACCCGAUCUACUGUGGGCCGUCGGCCUCGGAACAGAAACGAAACGAUCUGCUGGGGAGGGCGCGCGGACAUCUUACCUGCGUCGCCAGACGAUGGUGCGGUAGAUUAUGCUCAGAUUUCAGUUAUCCUGCUUCCUUCAGUUGAAGGCUCCUUUUCUUACCUUGAAUUCCGAAUUGCCAUCUCCACGUCAUCUAGCAGCAUCUGGACAGGACGUAGAAAGAUGCUGAGCGUAACGCAAAGCUGUGGUCAGGUCAGGGCAGUUUCUAGUGCUAGCAAACUGAUAAUCCCUGGAGUUGAUUGUUGACAAUGCUGACCCAGUGUUGAUCGAUAAAUAAACGUUUUCCCCAUUGAUAAAUGAUUGUGCAGGAA